CACCACUCCCGAUCCUACUGUGCCCGCGCCUUGUCCCGCAUCUCACACUUCUCUGCCAGCUUUCAACCGUACUUUCUGCCCUUCUAGUGCUCGUAUACACCGCCAACUUCGCUCGAUCGCCGAGUACCUGCCCCGCUCCCACCUCCGCAGUAGCCCAUUCAACCCCAACCCAACGCGAGCACGAUUCCUUUGUAUACAUCACAGUAUCCGGAGCGGCAUUGUUCGCUCAGGGACUCACGAUGAGUAACGUGGACUUCCUGGGCCGCGCCAUUGAGACAGUCAAAAAGGCGAUCGAGACAGACACAGCGGGCGAAUAUGAGAAAGCAUACCAGAUGUACUAUAGUGCUCUCGAGCUGUUCAUGCUCGCCCUAAAAUGGGAGAAGAAUCAGAAGUCGAAGGACAUGAUCCGGGCCAAGGUGGCAGAGUAUAUGGAGCGCGCUGAGAAGCUCAAGCAACACUUAAACCAGACCGACGCGGGCAACCGCAAAAAACCCUCCGCUAUGGGCGCAAAUGGCAAGGCAGCAGGAGGCAGCGGCAGAGGCGCGAAGGACGACGAUGAAGAAGAACAAGACGCCGACUCCAAGAAGCUCCGCGGCGCACUCGCAGGCGCUAUCCUCUCCGAGAAGCCCAACAUUCGAUGGGAAGACGUAGCGGGUCUGGACCAAGCGAAGGAGGCGCUGAAAGAAGCCGUCAUAUUACCCAUCAAGUUUCCACACCUGUUUACCGGUAAGCGACAACCGUGGAAGGGUAUAUUACUGUAUGGCCCGCCCGGUACGGGUAAGAGUUAUCUGGCAAAGGCAGUGGCCACGGAGGCAAACAGCACUUUCUUCAGCGUAUCAAGUUCAGAUUUGGUGAGCAAGUGGAUGGGCGAGUCUGAACGGUUGGUAAAACAACUAUUCGCCAUGGCGCGCGAAAACAAGCCCUCUAUCAUAUUCAUCGAUGAGAUCGACGCUCUAUGCGGACCCCGAGGCGAAGGCGAAUCGGAAGCAUCCCGACGUAUCAAGACCGAGCUGCUGGUGCAAAUGGACGGUGUGGGCAAGGACUCUCGUGGCGUACUCAUCCUUGGCGCGACCAACAUCCCAUGGCAACUCGACGCAGCCAUUCGACGUCGUUUCCAGCGAAGAGUGCACAUCAGCUUGCCGGAUUUUCCCGCACGGAUGAAGAUGUUUGAACUAGCGGUGGGGAGCACACCCUGCGAGCUAACUCAGGCCGACUAUCGAAAGCUGGCGGAGAUGAGCGACGGCUACUCUGGCUCUGAUAUUGCAAUCGCUGUGCAGGAUGCGCUGAUGCAACCUGUACGAUUGAUCCAAACCGCAACACAUUACAAGCCAAUUACGGUAGACGGCGUACAGAAAUGGACCCCCUGCUCACCUGGCGACCCUCUAGCAAAGGAAAUGUCCUGGACUGAACUGGACGGCGAACAGCUAGUGGAGCCGCCCCUCCGCGUCAAGGACUUCAUGAAGGCAAUCAAGGCCUCGAGACCGACGGUUAGCAAAGACGAUCUCAACCGAAACGCACAAUGGACGGCAGAGUUUGGUAGUGAGGGAGCGUAGUGGGAGAAGGCAUGGUCGGGGGCAUUUUCGCGUUUUCUUGGAGUUCCUCGUUGGCAUAGCGGACCUUUGUGCUUAUAGGGGACUACUCGGCGUCGAGGGUUCUGUUCAGCGACUCGAUAUGUGAGUCAUUUGGAGCCAAUAUAUCAGCAGUCCGCAUGUGGAUGCAUCUUCAGCAAGUCUUUUAUUUUCAUUGCAUCCCUCUAUCUC